CAGCUUGUCACAUGGUACAAGGCUGUUGUGAAUAGCCUUGUACCAUGUGACCUCUGUGAUCAUUCACAGAUUUCACACGUAGUAAGCAAUGAUGUCAGAAGUGACAUCUUGCUUACUACUUUGCAUGUGAUCACUGAUUGGCCAAUCAGUGAUCACAUGCAGAGUAGUAAGCAAGAUGUCACUUCUCGCAUCAUUUCUUACUACGUGUGAAAUCUGUGAAUGAUCACAGAGAUCACAUGGUACAAGGCUAUUCACACCAGCCUUGUACCAUGUGACAAGCUGUGACCAAUCGCAGCCCUCACAGUAGUUCUAAAUGGCUGCAAGAAUGCAGCAAGAGAGGAGGAGAAAUGAUUGCUUUUACAGCCUUUAUGGGUGUAAAAGCAAUCGGUGUAAAAAAA